AUGCGAGCAGACAGCGCUCCGACUAGUCUGUCUCCUGCUUCUCUGCCGGCUGGGGACUCCAAGUCCCGGCGUGCAUCGCGCGGCAGCGCAGACUACAGCUCCCGGCAGCCCCGCCCCCGCGACCUUUCCAGUCAGGCGGCGCCGCGGGCAGCCCGGUCCGCGUCGGGGUCCUCGCACGGCCCGGCCUCCUUUGAACGGUGUGGCGGGCGGGCAGGCAGGCGGCCGGCUUGGGCUGCUGCUGCUGCUGCUGCUGCCUCUGCCUCUGCUCCUGUUCCUGCUCCUGCUCCUGCUCCUGCUCCUGCCGGCUCCAUGGCCACGGCCUCGGGCUCGGCGGCCGCCGGCGCCCCGGCACCCCCGCCGCCUCCGCCGCCCCAGCCCCCAGGCCCCGGGAGCGCCCGCUCCGCGGCCAGCGUGGAGCGAGACCUGCUCUGGCGGGUUCUUGGCUGGAGAAUAGCCACCAGCAUGGUCUGGUCUGUCCUGCUGUUGCCCGUCUGUACCACAGCCUUCAUUAUCUUCAGCAGCCUCAACCUCCUUCAUCCCAUCCAGUGGGUCUCAGACGCCUUCCACGAUCUGUACGGCCCCUACCUCAUCUUCUACCUCCUGUUGCUGUCGGUGGUGGUCGUCAUUAUCAGUAUCUUCAAUGUUGAGUUUUACACAGUGGCGCCGUCCAUCCCCUGCUCCCGCCUGGCACUGAUUGGGAAGAUCGUCCACCCCCAGCAGGUGAUGCACUCCCUGGUGCACUCGGCCAUGGGCAUGCUGAUGGCGUGGUGUGCUGCUGUGAUGACCAAGGAGCAGUACCACGUUCUGGCUGUGCCCUGCACCGACUCUGGCAGCUUGGACAGCAAGGCCGCCCGGGCCUGCUUGAACGAGCAUCACCUCUUCCUCUUGUUGGCCGGAGCCUUUAUGGGCUACAGCUACAGCUUGCUGUAUUUUGUGAACAACAUGAACUACCUGCCCUUCCCCAUCAUACAGCAAUAUAAGUUCCUGCGGUUCAGGAGAGCUCUGCCCCUGCUCCUCAGGCACAGCGCCGUAGAAUCCCUGUACCUGGUCAGGAACUUCUGCGGCCUCUACUAUUUCCUGGGCCAUAUCCCCAAAGCGUGGAUCAGCACUGCGAUGGACCUCCAGGAAGAUGAAAAGCAGCCUCCCCUGGACAGCCUGAGUGGGCUCAUGGACCUCUCCCUGCUCUACCAUGUCUGGCUCUGCGGGGUCUUUCUUCUGGUGACCUGGUACAUCACCUGGGUGCUCUUCAAGAUCUAUGCCACGGAGGCUCACGUCUUUCCUGUUCAGCCCAUGUUUACAGGAGAUUCAGAGGAAUGCUUACCCAAAGUCUUAAAUGGCAGUUCCCCGCUUAUCAUAAAGUAUCUGGCUCUGCAGGACCUCAUGCUGCUGUCUCAGUACUCUCCUUCCAGGCGACAAGAAGUAUUCAGUCUCAGCCAACCAGGGGGGCACCCCCACAACUGGGUGGCCAUAUCUCGUGAGUGUUUGGCUCUGCUGAACGACUUGACUCAGAAACUCGUGAUGUUCCAAGAAGCGGCUGCCACCAAUGGACGAGUGAAGCCCCCACCCAGCCCCGUGGAGUCGAAAAAGCCACCUGUGAUGGAAGAAGAGAUUGCCUUCCAGACUCCCAAGGCCAAUCUGAUGUCGAAGGCUUUGAUGCCGUCGCUGGUGAAAGCGUCCCUCUUUUCUUCCAAAUUUGCUUCUCCUGACACCUCCGCCCCGGUCAGCUCUCCUUUUGGUGACAAUGUAGGGAACCGAAUGGUGGGGAUGGGAGACUUCAAGCCCCCUGUGUACGAGGGCCCCCCGAGUCCCCAGCUGACUAGAAGAGGCCCCAGACUAUGGACUUCACUCACAGACCUGCAGAGCAAUGGGCUGCGGAGCCCCUUGCCACUUGCUCCUGUUAGUUAUGGGGCCAAACACAGAGGCAGAGGCCCGCCCAGGAAGUUGUAUUCGUGGCUGCAGAGUAAGCGAGAGCAGGUGAAGAGCUUCCUGUCCAAGCGUGUGCUGAUCGUGUACUUUUUCAGCAAGCAUCCCGAGGCCUCCAUCCAGGCAGUUUUUUCAGAUGCUCAAAUGCACAUCUGGGCAUUAGAAGGUCUGUCCCACUUGGUAGCAGCAUCCUUUACUGAAGACAGGUUUGGAGUCGUCCAGACCACGCUCCCCACCAUCCUGAGCACUCUGCUAAUGCUGCAAGAGGCAGUGGACAAACACUUCAAGCUUCCACAUGCAUCCAGCAGACCGCCCAGGCUCUCGGGAAGCCUCGUGGACACUUCUUAUAAGACCCUGAGGUUUGCGCUCCGUGCGUCACUGAAAACUGCCAUAUAUAGGAUAACCACGACCUUUGGGGAACAUCUCAACGCGGUGCAGGCAUCUGCCGAGCAUCAGAAAAGACUUCAGCAGUUCUUGGAGUUCAAAGAAUAGCUAAGUAAUAGAAACUGUGUUCAUUCCCCUGCUGAUACUGCUGCAGAUGGGACAGUAAAUGUUCAGCAUUCUUGGAUCAGAAGAAAAUGGACUAAUUAGAUGCUUCCUUUGUCGUAGUGGUUGCUUUGAAAACUAUACUUUAAUGGGAGAAAUCAUGGAAAGAAAUUCUCAGCCGAAUAACAGAAAUCUGCUUUUUUGUACGGAUCACUUUUUUUUUGGCGGGGGAGGGAGAUAAUAAAGUCUUUAUUCCUCUCCACGUGCAUCCCUGACAGUGAACACGGAAAGUCUGAGCGCUUGCUUUUGAGGGAGUGAGCUGUCAGCCUCCAAAGGUCACGAUGUUUUUGCAGUGAGGAUGUCACAGACGGACGGUGGAGAAAGACCGAGAAUUUCGAGAGGCAUAUUUUGUUAAUCCGUCAGGUUGUGUUUUUGUUUAUGGGGGAGAUUCGAUUUGCAUGAUUGUCCAAAAAAGCCUUCUCGCCUUACAGAUGCCAGCUUUACAUUCAGGAAUGUGGAAAAUUUCACUUCUUCAGUUACAAGAUUAAACAUAAACAUUCAUUUUAUGAGAAACAAUUGACCGAAAUCUGUGAAUUGAACCUAGUGCUUUGCUGGUAAAUACGCAGUGCGCGAGCAUUUGUUUCUUGACUGACUGACUUGCUUUCUUUUUCCAAAAUGGAACAUGAUACAGUUGUAAGGUUUUUAAAACAAGAGGAACAUUUUGCAAAGGAAAAACAUGGAUAACUUUUCUCUUGGGAUAUUUUGGGAGCCGAUUUUCCUUCUGUCAGGUUGCUUUGCAGAGCUCUCUAACCUGAGAGAGGGAGCUGCCUCUGAUGUGCUGACUUUAAUUAAAAUAUAGGCCAAGAAA